AUGUCGCCUCUCGCCGCCUCUUCCGCCAGCUCGCUCCGGGCGUGUGCUCGACAUGCCAGCGUUGUCCCUCGCGCACUCGCUGUGUCUUCCAUCGCCCAGCACCGACGAGGAGUGGCCUCUGAUGCCUCCCAGAGCUCUUCGUUCGAUAGUCCGUUCGGCAAGAGCAAUGCCUCUACCUCGACCUACAAGAUCCCCAGCUUCGGCAAAUACGCUAGCCCCCGUCGAGAGAGCACGAACAAGACCUUCUCCUACUUCGUUGUCGGUACCAUGGGCAUGAUGACCGCUGUUGGCGCUAAGGCUACCGUCCAAGGUGCGUUCCGUCUUUGCGUCUUUUUGAUGCUGGCGGUCAAUUGGGGAUUACGAAGGUAUACUGACCUUGCCGGGCUUAAUUCAGAUUUCCUUCUCAACAUGUCCGCCUCUGCCGAUGUUUUGGCCCAGGCCAAAGUUGAAAUCGCCCUUAACUCGAUCCCGGAGGGCAAGAACGUCAUCAUCAAAUGGCGAGGAAAGCCCGUUUUCAUCCGUCACCGAACUGCCAGUGAAAUCCAGGAAGCCCAAGAGACCAGCUGGGAGUCGCUCCGAGACCCACAGCCAGAUUCUGACCGUGUCAAGAACCCUGAAUGGCUUGUCAUGUUGGGCGUCUGCACCCAUCUUGGUUGUGUGCCAAUUGGCGAAGCUGGUGACUUUGGCGGCUGGUUCUGUCCUUGCCACGGCUCCCACUACGAUAUCUCUGGCCGAAUCCGCAAGGGUCCCGCUCCAUUGAACUUGGAAGUUCCUGCCUAUGACUUCCCAACUGACGAUACCCUCAUCAUCGGUUAA